CUGGACAAGCUCUCGGAGGUUGCCAAGGUGAACACGGAUGCCAUCCGCUUGGCCCAGGAGGAGAUCUGCGAGUACCGCCGCCAGCUCCAGUCCAAGACCACCGAGCUGGAAGCCCUCAAAGGGACGCAGGAGUCGCUGGAGAGGCAGAGACAGGACUCAGAGGAGCGCCAUCAUGCAGAUGUCCUGUCCUACCAGGAAACCAUCCAGCAGCUUGACAGCGAGCUGAGGAACACCAAGUGGGAGAUGGCAGCUCAGCUCCGGGAGUACCAGGAUCUGCUCAAUGUCAAAAUGGCCCUGGACAUUGAAAUUGCUGCCUACAGAAAGCUCUUGGAAGGGGAGGAAUAUCGGAUUGAGUCUGGCUUUGGGAUGAUCUCCUUCCCUGAGGUGGUCCCCAAGGCUCCCAGCAUCACCACCAACAUCAAGGUGAAGAGUGAGGAGAAGAUUAAGGUGGUGGAAAAAUCUGAGAAGGAGACAGUGAUUGUGGAGGAGCAGACAGAGGAAAUCCAGGUGACUGAGGAGGUCACAGAGGAGGAUGAGGCUGAGAAAGAAGCUGAAGAGGAGAAAGCUGAAGAGGAGGAAGAAGAGGAGAAAGCUGAAGAAGAGGGUGAAGAAGAGGAAGCCAAGUCCCCAGAGAAACCCAAGUCCCCCUCAAAGGAGGAGGCCAAGACCCCAGCUGUCAAGUCCCCAGAAAAGCCACCAACCCCCUCAAAGGAAGAAGCCAAAACCCCAACUGUCAAGUCCCCAGAAAAGCCACCAGCCCCCUCAAAGGAAGAGGCCAAGACCCCAGUUGUGAAGUCCCCAGAAAAGCCACCAGCCCCCUCAAAGGAAGAGGCCAAGACCCCAGUUGUGAAGUCCCCAGAAAAGCCACCAGCCCCCUCAAAGGAAGAGGCCAAGACCCCAGUUGUGAAGUCCCCAGAAAAGCCACCAGCCCCCUCAAAGGAAGAGGCCAAACAGGCCAAGACACCAGCUGUCAAAUCCCCAGAAAAGCUCCCGACCCCCUCAAAGGAGGAGGCCAAGACCCCAGCGGUGAAAUCCCCAGAGAAACCUGCAACCCCUUUGAAAGAGGAGGCCAAGACCCCAGCUGUCAAGUCCCCAGAGAAACCCUCAACCCCCUUGAAAGAGGAGGCCAAGACCCCAGCUGUGAAGGCCCCGGAGAAACCCCCAACCCCCUCAAAAGAGGAGGCCAAGUCAAAGGAGGAGGCCAAGACCCCGGCCGUGAAGUCCCCUGAGAAAGUCAAAUCUCCUGCGAAGGAGGAAGCCAAGUCUCCGCAGAAGGAAGCAGUCCCGGCCAAGGAGCCCACCCCCUCCCCUCCAAAGGAGCCGAAAGCCCCUGCGAAGGAAGAGCAACCCAAGGAGGCAAAGGGUCCCUCCAAGCCCGGAGCUGAGGAGAGCAGGAAAGAGGAAGCUCCCAAGAAAGAUGUCCCGGCCAAGGUGGAGGAGAAACCCAAAGAAAAGGUGGCUGCUGUGCCGGAGCGUCCAGCCCCAGAGGUGAAGGAGACCACCAAGCCAGGCCCCAAACCUGGAGAAGAAGGAAAGGCCGAGAAGGAGGCUCCACCAAAACCUCAGCAGGAGGUCGGCAAAGUUGCUGCGAAGGAGGCUGAGAAGCCAAAGGCCGAGGAGAAGGCGGAGGAGGCCAAGAAGGAG